GGUUCGUCUCGGGAGCCUGGCAAGAGUGGUUCAGAUCCCCUUCGUAGAUGCCACCUUCACGCGCACUGGAGCAGGACCGUAUCCACCAGACGAGCUGCAGCUGGCGAGCUGUCUCCCACUGAGUGGUUACGAACUGGAAUAUCUUGUGGACAUUAGAUAAUGUCCACAACGAUGCAGGGCGCCUCGGAGUCACUGAUGUGUCUGGCGUUGUUGUGAGACUUGGUCGACGUCGGCAAGCCACGAGAGACCUAGAGGUCAUGAAGAAUUGAACGCGACAGUCAGUAUGGCUCCACGACUUCUCUCAUUAGCUCAAGACGACGCGAGUGACUCAGUGUCAGCCUCUCAACAUAGCGCUUGUUCUGGACUCUUGUGCCCUGUGUCUCGCAGAUGGUGCGCGAUGGGCAGGCGCAGCAGAAUAGGGGAGUGUCCGUGCUUCAAUCCCGGACGUGCCCAUAACGGACGUGAUAUCUUUGCAGGUCUGGACCUUCGGAUAAUGACUGAGACGCAUGACCAGGAUUGCUAGGAAGACGACACGCAUACGUCAGAGCGUCUUCAUUGCAGCAGUUGUCCCCGUCCUGACAUGUUGCACGCCGCAUGUCUCAGUGGCAGAGCAGACCAACGGCUGGGUCGAAAGAUGGCUGCGCUGUCCCUCUUCCCUACUUAAAGCUCGCCUACUUUUUCUCUUCGCUCCCCACGAACCCGCCUUUCCCUUCAGGCACUCACAAACGCGUCCCCAGAUCUCUCGAGUAUAGACGACAGACACAAUGUCUAGCACCAUUCCCAUGGGUGGACGCCUCGUCGUGGGCCACGCCAGGGACAUCAUCGCCCGCGAUCGGGCCAGAGCUCUGAAGAUGCUGCGAGGACCCCAGCCCCAUGGCCCCCCUAGGCACGAAGGCGACUAUCACGACCACGACCAUCACCACGGUGGUAGCGAGGCCGUUGGCCGCCAACUCGCCACCAGCUCCAGCUCAACCGGCUCCGGCUCUAGUGCCACCGCCCUGCCCUCUGGUGACACUGGUGUUGACGCUACCGAUGCUGCAGUUAGUUACACUGUUGAAGUUGGUGUCGGUGAUCCCCCAACCAAGUACACACUCAUCGUUGACACUGGCAGCUCCAACACCUGGGUCGGUGCUCUGAAGAAGUACAUUGUGACUAAGACUAGCAAGAACACCGGUGACACCGUAAAUGUCGUCUACGGCACGGGUUUCUUCUCGGGAACAGAGUAUAUCGACAAAGUGACCAUUAGCCCGAACCUCAUCAUCGAGCAGCAGUCGAUUGGCGUUGCCUCCAAGUCGCAGGACUUCAAUGACAUCGAUGGUAUCCUUGGUGUCGGUCCCACGGACCGCACACAAGGCACUGUAUCCAACCAAAUGGAGGUGCCGACCGUUGUCGACAAUCUGGUCUCGCAGAAUACGAUCCCCACCAACCUUCUCGGCGUCUUCUUCGAGCCCACGACCAAAUUAGGAGCCCUGAAUGGCGAACUUACCUUUGGAGGAGUCGAUAAGAGCAAGAUCACCAGCGACAUAACCUUCGUCCCGAUCACCACUACCGCGCCUGCGAGCACUUGGUGGGGUAUUGAACAGAGCAUCUCGUACGGCGGCCAUACCCUGACUACAGGCACGACGGGCAUCGUCGACACCGGCACCACGCUCCUCCUGCUCGCAACCGAAAUGUUCCAGGUGUACCAGAAGGCGACGGGCGGGGUGUUGGACGCGACGACCGGUCUCCUUAAGGUGACCCAGGAGCAGUACGAGAACCUCCAGAGCUUGAUUUUCACGAUCGGCGGCAAAAAAUUCGAGAUGACGGCGAACGCCCAGAUCUGGCCGCGCUCACAAAGCGCGGUUAUCGGCGGCGACACGGACAGCAUCUACCUCGUCGUCUCCGACCUCGGCUCCUCUACCCAGCCGGGCUUUCAAUUCGUCAAUGGCUUCGCGUUCCUACAGCGCUUCUACAGUGCGUUCGACGGUCUCCACGAGCAGGUCGGUUUCGCGACGACCGCGUUUACAUACGCGACCACGAACUGAGUAUGGUCCUGCGCCCUGGACGGAAGAGACCCAGAAUCUGAUUGAACGUGUACGAUAGCUGACGAGAGACCUGGACUGAUCUAUAACCAUUGGAUUACUUGCAUGUACUUUUGAAUAACAAGAUACAGGAAGAAGUUGAAGGCUGACGUAAGCCUGAUCAGCAGUGGAGUCGGACAUCCCUUGAAAGCAGUAUCUACGUGGAGAGC